AUGCCCCGCGUAGCAAAUCCUAAGCAUCGCCGCUCAAAUGGCGCAUCAACCCCUCACAAGAACUCGCCUAUGAAGAUCCCUUUGAACGAUGACACAGGGGAAAAGGCCGCCCGUUUGGAGGCCCGACAAGCCCGCCAUGACCGCCAGAUGGAUCAGAUCAAGGCUGCUGUCAAGACGCCAAUGCCUCCUCGACGAUACACAUAUGACCGCGCUUCGAGUAUGAGUCCCGGUACCCCUAGGGGAUCAGGACACCGCGGACGAGAGAGCGAUGCUGAUGGACGACGAGCGGUGACCCCAAUGAAACGGGUCCCUAUCUUGGCAAACUUCGAGGAAUGGAUGAAGAUGGCCACGGACAACAAGAUCAAUGCGAACAACUCCUGGAACUUUGCCCUGAUUGACUACUUCCAUGAUAUGUCUCUGCUCAAGGAAGGCGAUGGUGUCAACUUUCAGAAGGCCAGCUGCACGCUCGAUGGCUGCGUAAAGAUUUAUACGAGCAGAGUCGACAGCGUCGCGACGGAAACAGGUAAACUGCUGAGUGGGCUGGCGGACAGCCGUGAGAAGCGGGCCCGCGACACUGGCGCGGACGGUGAGGGUGCCGAUGACGAGGACGACGAGGAAGGGGAAGAUGGAACCACGAGAAAGUCGCGGAGAAAGGCCCAGAGAACACAUGAGGCUACUCUUGCGCCUUCCUUUGCCGCGCUUCAGUUGAAAAAGUUUGAACUCGAAUUCUCAGUUGACCCGUUGUUCAAAAAAGCGUCCGCAGAUUUCGACGAGGGAGGGGCAAAAGGCUUGCUCCUGAAUCACUUGUCGAUAGAUGGGCAAGGACGUAUCGUCUUUGACAGCAGCGACGACGCUGUCGAGGAAAGUCCGAAUGACGCGGACAAUACUCGCGAAGACUCGGAGGAUCCUGAACGCCCGAAGUCGUCUUCACCAGUUCCGAAGCGAUCUUCUGAUGAAGCUUUUGAGGACGUUGAGAUUGAUAUAACGCCACUAGCGAACCAAUUUUUCCCCGAUUUGGCGCGCCUCGAGGAGCAGGAUAUCUGUCCGUCCCUCAAGAACUUCGACCUUGGCGAUCCCACUGGGUCGCUCGACAUCCCCUUCCUCAAGGCCCCUGAAGAAUGGCGCAACGAGAAAGGCAAUGAGGACGGACGAAGCGUAAACGAUGCCUCUGGGAUCAUGCUCGACGACGACAACGCUGUCGGCUUUGAUGACGACGAUGGUACUCUCGCUGGAUUCGAUCUUAGUGAAGAUGCCGGAUUCGGUGAUGGGGGUGAGGCAUGGGCCCGUGAGGCUGCCCUGGAGCCAAUGUUAAAAGUCCAUCGCAUCGACCGUGAUGGUGAUCAGAAUCAGGACGGCGACGAGGCAAUGGACGAUGAGGAUGGGUAUGCUAUAUCGCUUACUCAUCAACCAGAUAAGCGUGACCAUGAGAACAUUCUCAGCUAUUUUGACAAUGCACUCCAGAAGAACUGGGCGGGCCCUGAGCAUUGGAAGAUUCGGCGUAUCAAGGAACACGCGGCUGCCAGCUCUGCAAGUGCUGCGCCGAAGCAGCGGAAGGAAAAGGAGCCGUUUGAAAUCGACUUCGCGGCACCUCUUGAUUCAACCGUUGCUGAAUUGAUUUAUACCCCGGCUAGUUCCAACUCCACCAUUUCCCUACCCAAGACACAGUGGAGAACCAAAGGGCGGAAUUUGCUACCAGACGACAAACACUUCAACUCCAGACAGCUACUCCGUCUCUUCCUCAAGCCUAAGGCUCGCAUGGGCUCAAAGAAACUGGUGGGCCUACGUCAAUUCAACAGCCGACGACAGGACCGUACCGCGGGUAAUGGGGAAAUGGAUGAGGCCUUCUGGGCCAGUCGCAAGCAGGAGGAGGAGGCGGCUGCCGACGAAGAUGCUGCCCCUGGCGCGUAUGAUGCCGAUUUCUUCGCGGACGACGAUGGUCUCGCGUUCCCGAACGGGCUCGGUAUCGCCGACGAUGACGACGACAACCUGCCCUUUGCAGAUGCGAGAGAGAUGUUGUCCCCGCCAGCUGAUGGAGCUCCAGGCACAACAGCAGGGGAUGCAGGAGGAGCUACGGGUAUUGCUGCUCUCCUCAACAUGGUAGGGGCGACGCCCAAGCCGGGCGCUGGGGGCUUUGGCUCACAAUUGGUGACACAAGGCGGACGGCGAGCGCGACCUGAAUACGUUGCCUAUGCAAGAGUCGCCAAGAAGAUCGACGUGCGGAGACUGAAGCAAGAGAUGUGGAAGGGCAUGGGCGAAAGGUUGAUUGCAUCCACAGAAUUUGAUUCCACACAACAAGCAAGCGCUGGGAACGAUGUCAAUGGAGUACAAAACGAAGAGACCGAGCCUGAUGCACCGCCAACACCCACCCCCCAGAGACCACAGCCGGCCGAAGACUCGGAAGGGCUGAAAGAAGAUCGUCGGUUGCGAUUCACACAGAUCAUGAAUUCCCUCAAAAAAGUCUAUCCGCCAGAGAAGCUACGUGACAUCAGCACCUCUUUUGGCUUUAUCUGUCUUCUCCACUUGGCCAACGAGCAAGGUCUCAUCUUGCAAAACGAUGGUCUGUCCGAGGGCGUUGGCGCGGGUUCAUUAGAAGAGAUUUAUGUUGCCAAAGACGCGAAUGCCGUUAUUGACGAAGCGUCUGCUUGA